GGACAACCAGAAACAAGUGCGUUCUUCACGACUUUCCGCGACGGCCCUGCAGAGAGACGACUUAAUCCCUUGCUCGUCUUCUCGUUAAUCAUAAUUACACUGAAUAUCGCUCCAUCCCACCGAACUAGGACGACUUACUCUCGAGCCAAAGGAGGCACAUGCCGCAGUAGUAAUCAGGGCCAUUUCACGAACAACUCGCGAUGCCUUCUAUCCAGAAUCUCGUUUCCCGCAGCGCCUCGGGCGUCGUCCGCCGUAGCGACGACAACGGCGUCAUGCUUAACCUCAUGAUCGUCGUCAUGGCGUUGAUCUUCUUCGCCCUCCUCCUAGUCUCCACACUCUUCCUCAUGCGCCGCAUGCGCAGACAACAACGGCAAGACACUCUUCCCACCUACCAAGAGGUGAAGGGCGUCCCCCGCAACCACCACAACCUCACCAUCCAGACAAGCCAGGACGGCCGCUCAAGUGUUCUGUACAUCGGCCAUGAAGGACGCUCGCCCAUGCUCCAGAACCCUCGGUCCGCCCCUCACUCCCCCGACAACGUCCCCGAGAUCCACAUCACCUUCCCCGACGAGCAGGACGAGGGCGGUCGCCCCAAGAGUGGCCGCGUGCUGGUCGUUCGCGUCGGUGACGGCGGCUCCGUCGGCCUCGAGCCCGUCCGCGAUGAGCAGCUGCCCGCCUACGAGAAGGAUAGCAAGUCGCAGUUCUACUCUGUCGACAUGGACUCCAUCGGCGGCCUGCGUGAGAAGGAGCGCAACAACUAAGCAUGCAUACCCAUGCAACCCUUUCAAAUGUCCCAAAUGCCCGGACAAUACCUUUCGAACUGUACGGAUGGGCACCCGCUGUACAAACAAACUAUUCAGCAUCUUUCUCGACAUGGCAUGGCGUUGGACGACACACCUUUAUACCCUGCGCACCGAUUCACUUUGAUCAAUGCAUGAUCCAUAAACAGAGGAUCGGCCAGU